AUGAUGUUAGAUACCAAGAGACAAACACUCUUUAUUAGAAAUCUUCCAGAUAUUAAAGCUAGCCAUAGCAGCUUUUUGAAAAUUAUCCUUCAAUCUAUCAAUCCUGAUAAAAAGCUUGCGCUACAAAGUGACGUCGUUUCCAAAGAUUCAUCAUACCUUGAUGAAGAUAACAAAAUUGUUUCCAUAUCAAGACCAAAGAAAGCUAGGUCCCAGUGUUUUAUACACUUCAAAGACCUUUCGCACGCGGAUGAAUUUAUGCAAAAGUUCCAAGAUAAAUUGCAGGUGAAGGGCAAAGCUGUGCAUAUAGAAAUGGCAAGGCAUGAUGCUUACUGGCAAAUUUCAGAAACUAACCCCAAGUCCAGCGCUAGGCUGCAUAAGCACCAAUCGAAGAAACAGAAUCCUCAGAGCUUAGUGCAACUACAGUCAAAAAGAAAGUUCCGUAGGCUGCGGGCCAGACUGCGGAAGAAAGGUCUUUCUGAAGAAGUGAUUUCCACUGCAAUUGAUAGAAUUAUAAGGAAGUUACGGCCUGAUGAUAAGAAACCUAUUUCGGAACAGGAACAGCCUGCCAAUAAUAUAGCGGAACCCGUUAUUGUCCAGAAACCAGUAACAGGGACGAAGAUCGUUGACGUGGGUGCCAAUCCACCAAACAAAACACUUUUGGUACAAGGCCUACCCAAAGAUAUUACAGAAGAUGUCCUGAUGCAUCUGUUUGCACACAAAGGUUUGGUUGAGGUGAGAUUAGUGCAGAUACGUAAACUGGCAUUCAUAGAGUACGACAGCGUGGCAAGUGCAACGGAGAUCAAGGAUAGCGUGGGGAAUACUCAUACAUUCGGGACUUACGUAGCGACAAUAGGCUAUGCCAAGUAA